AGAGAUCACCCCACCCCGUUCACGCCCUGCGCUCGGCCGAGGAGGCAAUGGCGGCUUCCUGUGUGCACCUGCAUACUGGGCAGAAGAUGCCCCUGAUCGGACUGGGUACCUGGAAGAGUGAGCCUGGCCAGGUGAAAGCAGCUAUAAAGUAUGCCCUGAGUGUUGGCUACCGCCACAUUGACUGUGCUGCCAUCUAUGGUAAUGAGGCCGAGAUUGGCGAGGCCCUGAAGGAGUGCGUGGGACCAGGCAAGAGGUCAGGUUGGGCGAGACUUGGUGCCCGUGGCUUUCUUCACUUGGGGUCUUGCCCCCUGUACCAGGCAGUGCAACGGGAGGAGCUGUUUGUGACAUCCAAGCUGUGGAACACCAAACACCAUCCUGAGGAUGUGGAACCUGCCCUUCGGAAGACACUGGCUGACCUCCAACUGGAGUAUUUGGACCUGUACCUGAUACACUGGCCAUAUGCUUUUGAGCAGGGAGACAAUCCUUUCCCUAAGAAUGCCGAUGGAACUAUACGCUAUGACUCCACCCACUACAAAGAGACCUGGAAGGCUCUGGAGACACUGGUGACCAAGGGGCUGGUGCGGGCUCUUGGCCUGUCCAACUUCAGCAGCCGGCAGAUUGACGAUGUGCUCAGUGUGGCCUCAGUGCGUCCUGCUGUCCUACAGGUGGAAUGUCAUCCAUACCUGGCUCAGAAAGAGCUGAUUGCUCACUGCCAUGCAUGUGGUCUGGAAGUGACUGCUUACAGCCCUUUGGGCUCCUCUGACCGCGCAUGGCGUGAUCCUAAUGAGCCCGUAUUGCUUGAGGAGCCCGUCGUCCUGGCACUGGCUAAAAAGUAUGGCCGGUCUCCAGCUCAGAUCUUGCUCAGGUGGCAGGUCCAGCGGAAAGUGAUCUGCAUUCCCAAGAGUAUCACUCCUUCCCGAAUCCUUGAGAACAUCCAGGUAUUUGACUUCACUUUCAGCUCAGAAGAGAUGAAGCAGUUAGAUGCUCUGAACAAAAAUUGGCGGUACAUCGUGCCUAUGCUUACGGUGGAUGGUAAGCGGGUCCCAAGAGAUGCAGGGCAUCCUUUGUACCCUUUUAAUGACCCGUACUGAAGCACAGCUUCCUGGCAUCUCUUCUGGCUCUCCAGCUAAGAAGUCCUGACAUCCCCAGAAAGGGGGUAUUAAAGCUGUUGGAGGGUC